CUGGCUUUAGCCCACUCGACGCAACAGGAAAUAUCCGAAAAAGAAGCACCGUUCAGGGGGGGGGUGAGAUCGAAGUCAGAAACCGGGGACGGCACCAAUCAGUGCGUCAUCUGGGGAACGUUUCGCGGGAUCCGACAGCCUGGGACCGGGUUUGUGGCAGUCCCGGCGAUAAGCUUAGUUUGGAGGAUCAAAGGCGGCUCCCCCGGAUUCUGUGUGUCAAGAAACAGAUUGUCGAGGGUGACCUGCGGGAGGGCCAGAGAUAAGCAGAAGAUCGAUGACAGGUUGGGAAUGUGUCAGGGAAAGAGAAAAAUGGAGGGUUUUAUGUAAUAUGAAUGUCGACUGUGGUGGGAGGGUCCCGCAGCCCGUCGCUAACUUUUGUGGCCUGCCACAGGUUCAAAUAGCACCUAGCCCCGACUCCGUUUCUGGACUGAGAAAACCCGGGUCACCUGCGUUUCUUGUUGUUGGGCCAAGCUCCACUCACCACCCUCCAAAGAGAAUUGGCGUUUUGCGCAGAGUACCCGCACCGCUGUUCCACCUCCAAGGGCUGCUGGCUUCGAGUAUAUUAAAACUUAAAACUCCGGAACAACAAGUUCUGUCGAGUCGUCCUUUGCCGGCAGGAGCUUCCGGGUCAAUUCGAUCUCGUCCGCAAGCGCAUCCAGCCCUCUUGGUUCCACAGUCCACGACGGCUCCUUCCAGCCAGCUUUCUCCCACGUCUCUUCCCACGUCGUGCGAUCAAGUUAUCGACCAGCCGAUCUUCGCUGCAAGCCCUUCCAAGCCUGGUGACCCUCGAAAAUGCACUAUUUCGGUGUCGAAUGAGCUGCUUCAGUCGACAUGCAGGUUCCGAUAUCCAGCUGGCUGGGUUGUGGUGCGAGUGCCGUUGUUCCUUAGUGGCCGCCCCCUGUGUCUCUUAUUCGUCGGGGAAGAACGACAUGCCUGUUUCCUCGGGCUCAGGUCGAAGUGCUAGCGAGACUGCCCAUCCGGCGCCUUGAAGUGGCCCAAAAGAUGAUGGUAGCCGGAUGCUGUACUCUCUCGCCGGUUCCUGCAGAAACAGACGUCAAGCGAGAGGCUAGCCAGCGCUUGAAUCGCUGGUCAGAAAGGACGGCUGUUCCAGAAUAGGAUCAGCCAGGGACUAGUCUCUGUGCGUACCCUUGGACCACGGGAAGCCGAUCAAUGGCGGAACUGUCGUCAGAGUCUCAACAAAUACAUCAUCAUGAGGGCGUAGAACCGAAUGUUGAGGGAGGGGCCCGUUCCCAACCGGGUGGCACACCCAGUUAUACCCAACUGACUAAUAAAUGAGAA